CGCAUUUGUCAGUUUGUCACAACUCACAGUUGUCUGAACUUUGUGUAUGACGGCAGUCGCUAGUAGGGAGUGGACAGACAGAGACCGUUGUUCGAAGUGAACUGUGUGUAAUCAAGGCAAGACUGCCUUGUUUCUAUGCAACCAAUUUUGCUCUUGCGGUUUAUAUGUAAUGAAAAGUAGCACGCCCCGUAUGGCUUAUCCUAUUUAUAUUUUCUUGUUAACUUUUGUUACGAUAAGUGCGUAUUUUUAAUUUGUUGUUUGUUUUAACUUGUUGAGAUUACUGUUUUCCUUUUAGAUCAAUAUAUAAAAGGCAAAGUUUACCCAGCCGGUUACAAGUUUUAUUACUGAAAUAAUGAAUGACACUGGAUGUAUACAUUUGAACAAUUUUAAAGCAGCAAAGGGCACAAAUCCCUACAAAAUAGUACAUGCAUUUUUUGUGUCAUGCACUUCCUACGAAGCUAGAAGAUAUAAGGCUACAUCAUGUCUAUGCUUUACUUGUGGCAAGGCAGGUCCCAGAAUGCAUUCGUGCCUGCAUUGUAUUUUUUUUGCUUGUUACAAUGGACACAUUCAGGAUCAUUCCAAGUCUAAAAAACACUUCCUAUAUGUUGAUCUCAGUUAUGGUAAUGUGUUUUGUGCUCAGUGCCAAGAUUACAUUUAUGACAGAGAAUUGACUGAGCUAUCAAGGAAUUACAGGUUAAAAGAAGCUAAAGCUUUAGGAAUCAGUGUGCCAUACACACCAUGGCUGCCUAACAAUAAUGAGGUAAUGGCUCUGAGAAGAUUGCGUAAGAGACGUCUCAUAAGUCCUCACACCACCAUCGGCCUUCGUGGAUUACAGAACCUUGGAUCAACAUGCUUCAUGAAUUGCAUUGUUCAGACUUUAAUCCAUACACCUCUGUUACGAGAUUAUUUCCUGGGCGAGAAGCACAAAUGCAAAACCCAGGGCUCCGGUAAAUGUCUCGUUUGCGAGGUUUCGAAGCUUUUCCAGGAGUUCUACUCCGGCGCGAAGACCCCUCUGACGUUACACCGUUUACUUCAUCUUAUCUGGACCCACGCGCGUCACCUGGCCGGCUACGAACAGCAAGACGCUCACGAGUUCUUCAUAGCGACGCUUGACGUCUUACAUAGACAUUGCAUGAACGGCGUCGAGGACACUGAGAAGAAGGAGAACGGUCGCUGUAACUGCAUCAUAGAUCAGAUAUUCACUGGCGGGUUGCAGAGCGACGUCGUGUGUACCUCGUGCUCAGGGGUCUCGACCACCAUCGACCCCUUCUGGGACAUAAGUCUAGACGUGGCCGGCCCCGGCUCGCUGCAAGCCUGCCUCGAGCGCUUCACCAGAGCCGAACACCUCGGCUCGGCUGCCAAGAUAAAAUGCUCAAACUGCCGGGCGUACCGCGAAUCGACCAAACAGCUGACGCUGGAGACACUGCCGAUAGUAGCCAGCUUCCACCUCAAAAGAUUCGAACAUUCCUCACAGAUAGACAGGAAGAUAUCCGCCUUUGUGUCCUUCCCGGCUGAACUAGAUAUGACGCCGUUCAUGUCCACUCACAGGAGAGCUGUGGAGGCGGCCGAUAAUAACAACGCCCCCGAGGGCGUGUUUGAAGAUAAUCGUUACUCGUUGUUCGCGGUCGUCAACCACCUGGGGUCACUGGACGCUGGUCACUACACCGCCUACGUGAGACAGAUGAAGGGCAGCUGGUUCAAGUGUGACGAUCACAUGAUAACACGCGCCUCCUUGAGGGAAGUUCUCGAUAGUGAAGGGUAUCUCCUGUUCUAUCACAAGACUGUGUUGGAGUACGAGUGUGAGGUCUCGAGCUAAACUCUAGUAUUAAAAUUUAUAAAACGGUCCCUAGUUUAAAUGUUUUCAACAUAACGUAUUUCGGUGUUUUGUGAUGUUUAAUGCUUUUUAUUUGUCUAUUUUUUUUUAAUGUUAAUAUUAAAAAUAUUCCGCUGUAUUUGUAAAUAUUUCCUCGUGUGAUAUUAGCGUAUUCAAAUUUUAGUUCUGACAUUUCUCUUAGUUAAGCUCUAUUGUAGAUAUCCUUGUGACCAGUAAAUUAUUUUACGUAGACUGAUGUAUUUCUCUGUAAGUUUAUUUUUUUAUUGCUUUAUUGAGCUGAUGAGAUAACAUGGUUUUAAAACUAUUCGAUUACGACAAUUUAGUGAAUAUUAAACCGCAAUCGACAUAUCAUAUAUUUUAAAUUAACAAUAGUUUUAAUCAUCGAUCAAUUGUCGGAAACACUUUACUACCUCGACGUUCAAUUGCAUGUGAAGAUAGUGUUGGGACAUUCGCAUUAUUUUAUUUUGAAAGGAUAAUAGAUAUUUUUUAAUUUUUAUUUUUUUUUUGUUUUUUCAUUAUUAUUAUUCGUAAUUAUUCUAUUGAUUAGAUCGUAACAGACUGAACUGACAUUAGGUUAAUGUGAUAUUAAUAUUUAUAAACACGAUUUUAAAGUGAUUUUUUUUUAACGUAAAAAUUAAAUUCUUAUCGUUGUUUUAUAAUUCGUGUCCUUAUUAAAAUUUUCACAACUAACAAUUGUGUGACUGUCGAUUGAUAAUAAUUUGAAAUGUAAUGAAUAUUUGUAUAAGUUAGAACAGAAAAUACAAGACAGGUGAGGUAAUAAAAUAUAAGAAAAAUAUUCAUGAUCAACCUAUUUUGCUUACAAAAUCAUGCAAAUUUUUAAUAAUCUUAUAAUUGAAUGUAUGCUGAAUUACAAUUUUAAAUAGUUGUAUGUUGUUUCGUCUUUGUGACAUUGCAUUUAUUAUUAAUAGUGUAUUCUAUUAAUCAUUUAUAUAAUUUCUAAUAUCUGUGGUGUAUAAUUUUGAUAAAUAUAGGGUUGUCACUAACAUUGUGACAACCCUAUAUUUUAAAGUAUACUAUAAAAUGUUCAGGAUGUAAGAAAUGAUGCUUACUUGUAAUAGUAUAAGAAAUAAAUAAUCAAAUGACUAUCUAUCAUUAUAUUGUAAUAUGCAUAUUGAAUCCGUUCAAAUAAAAUGGUUCUGAGAGAGAAGUAAUUGUCUAAUAAAUAUAUCUCUUCAA